UAAAUGCACUAUUAUCAAGCAAAAAGAUAAUAGAACGGGGCGUGUGGACCGGGUUCAAUACAUUUAACACUAAACCGGUGUUUCAACGUAAAGCGGCGGCUAUACGUAUAAAGUGGCAUAGAGAAAGAGAACUAGGGUUUAAGAAGAAGAAGAAAAAGUUUCGAAGGUGAAGGCAAAUUGAGAUAAUGGCGAAAUUUAACGAGGUGCAGAAGAAGAGAAGAGCAUUAAUCUCAGAGAGCAAGAGAGCAAGACAUGGAGACCCGAAUACCCGGAAACUUAAGCAGAAGGCCCAACCUAUUGCCAUCUCCGGGAAGCGUAAACGCAAGCUCUUCAAGAAAUGGCGCAGGGACCAAAAGGAGGCUAUAGAAAAGGGUGUAAUAACAAUGGAGGAUGUGGAGAUGGCUGUCGCUGAUGCUGCUGAAGGGAAAACUCAAGACUCCAAUAGAACUUCUGUUAAAUUUCCAAUGAAAAAGAGCUCAAAACUUAAACUGAAGCAACUGAAGAAGAAAGGAAAGAACAAAAGGAAAUCUGAUAAGCAAGCUACAGAAUCGUCCACAGAUGUAAUGGUGGAGUAAGCAUAGCAGGAAGGGCAUUAGAAUCAUUUGGCUGACUGUUUGAUGGGCAAUGUCUAUCCUUCUUCUUCUGUGCCAACUUCCUUAAAAAUUAACAAUGGCUUGUAAUCUACUUUACCUUUAGUAUUGUCGUGCUACUAGAAAAACAAAAGGAGAGAUGGGUUCUUGUAGUUUCUUUUAGUUGGUGUUUAUAUUUUGAAUCAUGCAAUUAUGUGGA